AUGGUUACCAAAACAGAGGAGACUCAAUUGAACAGGCUUGAAAAUCAGGUCGAUAAUGGCGGCGGCGGCGCCUGGGAGUACCUCUGCCUUGUCAGAAAGCUCAAGGUUCGCCGUUCCGAGAAAGUUCUGAAGCAUGGCCUUUCCAUCUUGAACGACCCCAAACAACGAUCCUCUCUCGGCUCCGAUGAAUGGACCUUGUACGAGCAGGUUGCAGUUGCUGCUAUGGAUUGUCAAUGUCUCGACGUUGCUAAGGACUGUACAAAGGUUCUACGGAAAAGAUUCCCAGAGAGUAAAAGAGUUGGUAGGCUGGAGGCAAUGUUGCUUGAAGCAAAAGGAUCCUGGGAAUUGGCUGAAAAGGCUUACGCAAGCCUUUUGGAGGACAGUCCUCUUGACCAAGCCAUCCAUAAGAGGAGGGUGGCAAUGGCUAAGGCCCAAGGCAACAUUUCUGUGGCUAUUGAUUGGCUUAAUAAAUAUCUAGAAACAUUCAUGGCUGAUCAUGAUGCAUGGAGAGAAUUGGCUGAAAUAUACGUCUCCCUGCAAAUGUAUAAACAAGCAGCAUUUUGUUACGAGGAGUUGAUAUUAUCUCAACCUACUGUUCCACUCUACCACUUAGCCUACGCUGAUGUACUUUAUACGCUUGGUGGAUUAGAAAACCUUCAAACUGCCAAGAAAUACUAUGCUUCUACUAUUGACUUGACUGGAGGCAAAAAUACCAGAGCACUCUUUGGGAUAUGCUUGUGCACCUCUGCUAUUACACAGCUUACAAAAGGGAAAAGCAAGGAGGAGAAAGAAGGGUCACAGUUACAAUCUCUAGCAGCCAAAGUAUUGGAGAAAGAUUACAAACAGAGAGCUCCGGACAAGCUUCCUCAACUUACAACUGCCUUAAAGAGUUUAACAUUGUCAUCAUGA